ACUACUUCCAUGUCGUUUGUUCUGCCUUCGUGCAUAGUGCGUCCUUGAUGUCUCUAUUGAACAGCGUACUGAUAUACUGUGGUUGUUCAUGUUUGUGCGAAUGUUAUUUGUCGACAAAUUAGUGGGCUGUUGUUUAUUAAUGAUGGGCUUAAAAUGCUUAUUCGCCUUCGAAUUCGUGAAACAGUCAAUGUAUCAAAGCAUUGUUCUCCAUUGUGAUUGUGGUGGCAUUUCAAGUGUCUUGUGGACUUUCAACUCUUCUUCUAUCAAUAAAAAACCUGGAAAACAUUUGAUUGCAAGAAAUGCACUUCGAAUUUUUGACCUCAGAAGGGAUGAUGCUGGUGUAUACAAGUGUUAUUCUUCCAGCAAUAAGUUCAAGGAAUGUGUUGCGGUAUUUUUGACAGUAGCUGAGCCUCGACCGUAUUACAAAGCAGUUCAUGAAGAUUCUAUUCCCGACUACGAAGGUGACGAAAAAGAAAGACCCUACUGGCAUCAAAAGAUGAAAAACACACCUGCUUCAUAUGAGUUUUUUGAGAAGCCACUAAAAUUGGCUUGUUACUUCUACGUUAUGGAUAAGUCAAUCAAUCCUGUCACUGAAUGGCUUCUUCCUCAUGACCAUGACGAGUUGAAUGUACAUAAUUCUACUGAAAAGCCCAAAAUGCUGGAUUGUAACUCGAUUGAAGAAACACAACGUAAUCUUUCUGGUGUCUGCUAUGUAAUGGAAAUCACAAUCUUUUCAAUUAGUGGGACUGAUAAUUUUGAUUGUAUUGUUCGAACACCAAAUAGUACAGAUAUGGCUAUAAGUAACUCAUACAUAGUUCUUCAGAAAAUGACGCAUUUAUUUGCAUCUGAUCUAAGUGAUACAGACUUGGCUGAAUUUGAAGCUCCAAAUUUUGAACUGAUUGAGGAACUGCGUUUACCGAAUGGAACAAAUUCCAGUGGUGUAAACGCUGAAGAUUCUUAUCCUGACUUCUUAGAUUUUUCCUUUGGAGACAGUUCAAUGAAUGAAAGACAACAAGUGGAUUUAUCGACGCUUUUGUUAUCAGAUUAUGCGGAGUUUCGAUUUUAUUCUUUAGACCAUGUUGCUUGCUUAUCUGGUGAGGUGAAUUUAUUCUGUGAGAUCCCAAGAGCUUUAACUCAACUUGAAAUAUGGUAUUUUGGACAAUCCGGUGAACGACCUAAAUUUUUGAAAGAUUCAAAAGUGACUGAAAUGUUAACCAAUAACGAAAAACGAUAUACACGCUUUGAUAAUAGUAUCAUCCUGAAAUUAACAAAUUUGUCUUUGUCGGAUACUGGAAUGUAUAUAUGUAAAAAUGCUUUUCUGUAUAAGAAUAUCAGCAUAACAGUUGUGGAGUGUUCAAAGUCAAGUUUUCUCUACAGAUUUCUACCGCCUAUAAUAAUUUGGAUGAUUCUAUUUAUUACACUUGCAACUAUUCCCUUGUCAUUAUUAUUUUGUCUACGUGCUAAGCGUAAGUCAAUGCGGACAAUAAUGUCCUUGCCAAUCGAUUACAAGAGUAAGGAUGCGAAGCCAAAACGUGCUGAUUUUAUGCAAAGGAUUAACUUACUUUAUACUGAACCAUCACAGCACCAAUCGCCGUUGCUUUCUCCAUCGUCAUUGCCAUUAUCCUCACCACCAUCCUCUUCUUCUUCCUCCUCCCCCUCCCCCUCUUCAUUAUCCCCCUCAUCUCCAUUCUCUUCCACUACCGCCGUCAGCACAAGUACGAGUAAUGCUUCUAAAACUGCAUGCAAAUGGAUCACAGAGUCGAUUGAAUUAUUCUCACAGAAAUUAUUAUAUCAACGAAAGAAAUAUUCAUCACAUGAACAAAACAUUAUCCUCCAGUCUAAUAUUUUACUGUUGGAUUGGUUACGUAACUACUUACAUUGUAAUCCUAAAUCAUGUACAUCAAGAUCAUCGUUUAUUCUUGAAAAUGUUAUUGGUGAAGGCACCUUUGGAGUAGUAUAUAAAGGGAGAUUAUGCAUUUCAGAUAAUGAGAGUAAAAGUGAUACUCGAAGCUGUAAAGAAAUUGCUGUCAAAACACUAAAAGAAGGAUUUCAAGAACGACAAUUAGUCAAUUUAAUUAGAGAAUUGAGAGUUUUAACUUCGUUAAAACAACAUCCUUACGUUAUUCAAUGUUACGGGUUAUGCAUAGAUCAAGGUCGUCCAUUCAUUCUUCUUGAAAUGGCUAUCUAUGGUAAUUUACGUGAUUUCCUUAGAAAUCUUCGACCAAAAGGGAUGAAUUUUCUUGGUAAUGGUCAUGUAGGCAUUGAUCAAGUGAUUAGUUCACCCUCACAGUAUAUCAAUUUAUCAGAAUUAGAUGCAUUCAAAUGGCUAUUAUCUGAAGAUUUAAUUGAACAGCAAAUAAAAGAAUUAUUAACAUUUGCAUUGAAUAUUGCAGAUGCUCUAUUGUACUUUGAAUCAUUACAUUUGGUUCAUAGAGAUGUUGCAGCACGGAAUGUUGUAAUCACAGAUGGAUUUAUUGCAAAACUAUGCGAUUUCGGUUAUGCAUGUACAGAAGAUGAGUGUAAUUAUGGUCAUAUGCAAAUGGAUAAGGAUUAUUUGCCGGUACGCUGGAUGGCUCCAGAAUGCCUCAUGGGCAAAGAUUUCACCUCAAAAUGUGACGUCUGGUCAUAUGGUAUAUUAUUAUGGGAGCUGUUUAGCUUAGGAAAUACACCAUAUCCUGGAAUCAAUACUGACGAGUUAAUCGAAUGGUUGGACAAUGGAAAUCGUAAUUCUCGACCAUAUUUAUCCACCGAGUCAAUAUACCAGUUAAUGAUUGAUUGUUGGUCACACGAUACUGCUUGUCGACCAGCAUUUUUUGAGAUACGCAAUCGAAUUUCACGUAUAAUGUUAGAAUAUGCUGAUCUUCACUUGGAUGAAUCUAAAAAGGGAUAUAUUCAGAUCAUUUUAAAUGAAGGUUACCUAGUUCCUCGUCAGAGUUUACACUAGAACUAAUUCUCUGGAACAGUUUGAUUUGUGUAAACCAAUUAUGUGUUGUGUAUAUUUUAAGAACAAAAAAAAACAACUGACUAUCGAAUGCAGCAAUUGUAAAAUAAAUGGAAGGCUGUUUAUCAUAUCUAACAUCAGAUAGCUAAUCGUGGUAAAGAAGCACAGAAGUCGAACAAUGAACAGAUCAUCCACACCACCAGUGUAACUAUUACAGAGACCAAAAUAUGUAUUUACCUUUGUGUAUAUUUUCUAUUGUUAUUAAUAUCAUUACUAUUAUUAUUACUACUACCACUAUUAUUACUAUUAUUAUUAUGCUGUUUUUAAGGCAGAUGUAUCAUAUUUUACACAUUUUUAUUAUUUUGAUAUCCUUUACACGUUUUUGCCUUUAAAUAGAUUAUUAUUAUUGUCAUUAUUAUUAUUAUUAUUGUUAUUAUUAUUGUUAUUAUUACUGCGUACUCAUGUGUAAACAUUGAUAAGAUUUUCUUACUUCGUGUACAGUCACUAUUUUUUACUAUUGUCAUUAUUAGUUGUUGAUUACUAUAACUACUAUCGCCACUAUCAUCAUUGUUAUUAUUACUAGUAGUAGUAGUAGUAGUAAUUUCUUGUUCCUAUCAAGUAAAAUAAUAAACACAUUACAUAUAUUAGCGUAAA